AUGCUGUCUCAAGAUUUUUUUCUGCUUGGAGAAGCCGAGACUUCUGCACGAACGGUUAGAGCCAACGAGGACAUAUCCUUUGAAGAUCUUCAAGAUCUUAUUGCGUCUCGUUUUGCAUUUGUAGUGUCCAAAGGCAUCGGUUUUGUCCGUGACGAUGCUACACUUUCACAUAUCCGCGACAUCUUUUCCUCAGAAGUGCCCAUUGGCAUCACCAUAGAUGGCAGCAGUGUGCGCGAGGUUCCCGGACCGAAAGGCAAGCCAUAUGUAGGCAAGUUCUUCGAAGUGUUCCCAGAUCAUCUUGGCAACCAUCAACGUCUUUUCGAAAAGUAUGGACCAGCUUUCAAAACAACAAACCUUGGAGGUACAUUAUUCCACACGAAUGAUCCAGAUAUUGCCGGUGUUGCUCUUGCCGAAAAUGACUUUUUCACCAAGGACAUCUUUCCUUCACAUCCUCUCUACGGUAUCAAAAAUCAAGAAGCGGGCGUAUUCUUGGGUGAUACAGAUACUCCUGAAUGGAGGAUAGCACACAAAUUUCUACCGCCAGCUCUGGGGCCCAAGGCUGUCAGACAUUGUACGUGA